AUGACGGAAUUGACCAAGGAGCUGCAAACCCUGCGAGACGAGAGCGAGACGCGCGCAGAACAAGUCCGGAUUGCUCAAGAGAGUGCAUUUCGAAACAUGGACACCGGCAAGUGGGCGCCUCUGGAGGAUACUGCCAUCCGCGCCGAGCUCAAAAAAAUUGAAGCCGGGAUAAGGCACUGGGCUAAAACGUACGCAUUUGAGGAUUGCUCGAUAGUACAAAAUUUGCCGUGUGAUCGUAUAGCUUGGAUUGUAAACGAGUUGCGAGAAAUCGGUCUUUCUGAACAAGAUUUUGCCGCAAUAGUCAACGGUUGGAAAAACAAAGCGCCUCUUCUUUUGAUACAGGCCAUCGUUUCGAAAAAUCUGAUUUACUCCAACUUCCAUCGCCCUUUUCACUUUUUGCGUGGUGUCAGCCAGACCGGCACUGAGUACACGAAUGGUGUCAGGAGUGAAUCUCCCUUUGCCAUAGAUAUGCAAAAUUUGUAUGACGACUUGCGACUUGUCGACGAGCGACAAGCCCAUUUCUGGCGAUCCGGGACGCUCCGACAGCUCAGUGCAUCGGGACCUAUAGCGGAUGACGUUGUUGCUAUGCGAGACGAUGCCAGCAAUCGCCUCGCGUGGAGAAUUAUCGACGGCCCGCUGUCUCUAAUGCUCCGGGGAGUUGGCAAAGAAGAGUCGAGGAAAAGAUAUGAAUCACUUGCUUCCCUUUUUUCAACCGCUAUUAAAAUCUCUGCUCGUCUUUGGACUCAACGAACGCAUAUGCGAGUAGGUCAUGAAAAUCGAUUUAAAGUGGACUCGUCUAUCACGGUUGCACACCGUCUCCAGAAACUGGACGAGGGCGACACCCGCCUCGACGGGAAAAACAUUCUGGCCGUCAUUCAGCCUGCGGUUGUUGCAUAUGGGACGAGUACAGGCGAGGAUUAUGAAAACCGGAGAGUCUGGCUGAAGUCGAUCGUUCUAGUCGAGGAAUAG